UGUUGUUAUGUUUAUCUUUCUCCUUUAAAUCGUAAAAAUAUUAAGAUGUUUAAUAAACAAACUGCUCUUUAUAUUUUUCAUAAUUGUGUAAAUGAAAGACUGACCCUUUUGCAGAUAAUGAUGUAAUAUCCGCUGAGUGAGUCGCCACAAAUCUCUCAGCCCGAGCUCAAACUUUUCUGCGCGUGGAGCGGCGAUGCCAGCGCGCGCACUUUUGGAGCCUCUGCCGAGGGUCUCAGAUCCCAACAUACUGGAUCUUAAGCUAAACUACUAAGAAAUUCAAUCGGAAGCAAGCAUCGGAGAGACUGUGAAAGAAACGCGUAGACACUCGAGGCAGGAUGCACGCGCUGUUCGUGGUGCUGAAACCGCUGUGUUUGCUCGCUCUCUUCAGCUCUUGCCCUUCCGCGACCAUCAGGCCAAAAGAAGGCUGGCAGGUCUACAGUUCAGCACAGGAUGCUGACGGUCGUUGCAUCUGUACGGUGGUGGCACCAGAACAGAAUUUGUGCUCCAGAGAUGCCAAGAGCCGACAGCUCCGCCAGUUACUGGAGAAGAUUCAGAACAUGUCGCAAUCAAUAGAAGUUCUGAACCUGAGGACCCAAAGGGACUUCCAGUAUGUCAUGAAAAUGGAGAGUCAGAUGAAAGGUCUCCGAUCAAAGUUCAGACAAAUCGAGUCAAACCGAAGAACAUUAUUGACUAAGAACUUUCAGGAGCUGAAGGGUCGAAUGAACGAACUUCAACCUCUGAUUCCGGUACUGGACCAGUAUAAGACAGACGCCGCUCUCAUUUCUCAGUUCAAAGAGGAGAUCAGGAACCUGUCUCUGGUGUUGACAGCUAUCCAGGAGGAGAUAGGAGCGUAUGAUUAUGAGGAACUCCAGCAGAGGGUUCUUAGCUUAGAGGGAAGACUGAGGAACUGUAUGAACAGACUUACCUGUGGUAAACUGAUGAAAAUCACAGGGCCCAUCACUGUUAAGACAUCAGGAACAAGGUUUGGAGCGUGGAUGACAGACCCUCAGGCCUCACCCAAAAACAACAGGGUUUGGUACAUGGACAGCUAUACAAACAACAAAAUUGUCCGGGAGUACAAAUCGAUAAGCGACUUCGUAGCUGGAAUUGAGUCAAGAACCUACAAUCUUCCGUUCCAUUGGGCUGGCACGAACCAUGUGGUUUACAAUGGCUCCCUAUAUUACAACAAGUAUCAGAGCAACAUUAUCGUCAGGUACAGCUUCGACAGCGGGCGGGUCAUGACCCAGCGAGCGUUGGAGUUUGCCGGCUUCCACAACGUCUACCCGUACACCUGGGGUGGAUUCUCUGACAUUGACCUGAUGGCUGACGAGCUUGGCUUAUGGGCGAUCUAUGCCACAAAUCAGAAUGCAGGGAACAUUGUGAUCAGCCAACUAGAUCCUCUGACCAUCCAGGUCCUGAAUUCGUGGAACACCGAAUAUUCCAAAAGGAACGCAGGCGAGUCCUUCAUGAUCUGUGGAACGUUGUACAUAACCAACUCGCAUCUAACAGGGGCUAAAGUAUACUACUCAUAUUCCACCAAAACCUCCACCUAUGAGUAUAUGGACAUCCCCAUCCAUAACCAGUACUUUCAUAUGUCUAUGCUGGAUUACAACACCAGGGAUCGGGCACUUUAUGGCUGGAACAAUGGCCAUCAGGUACUGUUCAACGUCACGCUGUUCCACGUUAUUAAAACUGAUGAUGAAUCCUGAGUGAUGAUAAUGGAAAUUUCUGGAGAGACGUUGUUUCUUCUGACAUUGUUUCUGCUAUUACACUUUUCUGUCACUGUGACUCUGUAAUAAUGGGUUUGAUAUUCAGUACUUUAAUUAAAAGAUCAUAUUUGGAGAGAUGAUUAGAUAUUACUGGUAACAGUGUCUCUGGAGAUUUUAUUGUUUUACUUUGCUCCAUUCGUAGCCUUGUGAUAACCCAGUGUAAAAUAACAGCAAGGACAAUAAUGUGCUAUUUACUGUACGUACUUAUUUUGUGUUUGUUGAGUGCACAACUUUCAGCUGUGACACUUGAUUUACAAAGAAUGUAAUAAACUUAAAACUGUAAACAUAGAAACGUUAAAUAGAUUUCUUGUCAAGCAUAGUAUAAGUUGAUCUGUGAGACUAAAUACUUGAGUACAUUUCUGAUUUACAUUCAAACUUUCAAAUCACUGAAAAAGUUUACAGAAAGUACACCACAAGUAAUUGUAACAUUUUGUAGUCAUGGUUUGAAGUUAAUACCUGUAUCAUAUAUAUUCAUUAUAAAUGUUAAUAAGUCUUAAUAAACAAUUUUAAUAAUAAUAUUCCAAAUAUUAUUUAAAUAUAUCUAAAAACUCAAAUACAUAUACAGAAAUAUUCAAAUAUCAAACAAAUAUAUUGAGCCAGCAAAAGCAGGAAGCAGUGGUCUUUAUCUAAAAUGCCAUCUAGCUACAUGUAUGUUAUCUCUUUACCACAUUGUAACUAUGCCUUGUUCAUGCUUUAUUUUUUUCUGCUCCAAGAAAUACUGCACUGUAAAAAAUGAUAUCAAACCAACGUAUAUUUUUAUGUUACUUUAACUUAACAAAUUUAUUUAAAGAGGACAUUUUACAAUGUCACUUUUUAAGAUGUCAAAUAAAUGUGGUACUUUGGUGUCCC